AUGUAUCGUAAUAGUCAAAAUAACGAUUAUAGAAAUUAUUCUCAUCUACCUCCAUCAAUUUCAACAUAUUCACGAAAUACUGAUCAUCAGUAUUAUAAACCACGUUCACGUACUGCACAAAUCAUUUCUUCAAAUACAACAUUAAUUCCCGCAUUUACUUCACCAAGUUUUCCACAUCAAUAUCAACUAUCAACGACCACUUCGAAUUUAGAAGAACCAAUAUCGAUUUUUGAUAAUCAAAAACCUCCUCCACAUCGUCGAUAUACUAUUGCUGGUUUUCCACCAGUAUAUAUACCGCCGAAUCCGAGUCGACGUUUAUCAGUACAUGAUGCACGUCUUAUGGCAGCAAGUGCUACGCGCCAACGAUUAUUAACAGAUAUUCAACGGAAUAUCAAUGAGAUUGAUCGAGAACUAUCUUCAUUACCACCAAAAUGUUCAAUUCCACGUUAUAUUCCACCUCGUUUUUCAUCGUUUGCAGAUGUACCACAGACAUCAUUUCAUCAAAAAACUCUUUCACCAAAUAAUGAAAAUCAAAUUUUGCCAUAUAGACCGAAAAGCAUUUAUAAAGUUAUUCCACAUAUAACAAGUGAAUCAACAAAGACAUCUCAACAUUCAACUCCAAAACUAACUGAUCGAAAUACUUUACAGUCAUUUAUCGGUCAAUAUCAUUAUGGACUAGAAAUUGAAGACAAUGAAAUUCUUGAAAAAGAUUUAGAAAAUUUAGAUCUUAAAUCACUUGUUGAUGAAAUAUCUCAAUUCAAUUCCCAUGAAAUACUUUCUCUUGAUGAAUUUCGUCGUGAACAAUCUGAUUUAGCACAAAAUCGUGCAUUAGUUUUAGUUCCAGAAUAUGGUGAUGAUAAUAAAAAUACAAUUAAUGAAUCAACAACAGAAGAUAUUCGUCAAAAUAACUCAACCGAUACAAACAUGGGAAGCAGAACGUAUAGACUAGAUAGGCUUGAGUCUCAUCAAGAUUUGCCACGAUUAGACUCAGUCUCACCAGAAUUAACUGUGUUAGACAAAAUUAGUUGA